AUGAAGUUUGGGAAAGAGUUUGCAGAACAAAUGGUGCAAGAAUGGCAGGAAGCAUACAUGGAUUACGGUAAUCUCAAGUCAAUAUUGAAAGAUAUAUUAAGGUUCAAGCAACUGAACAAGGCACCAUCGCCAAUGGCAGCAACAACAAAAUGGUCAUUGAAAAGAAGGGUAUCGCUUUACAGGAAAUUUAGUGGACUAACAAGCCGGUAUAGAUCAGGUUCUCCAAUGAAGAAUAAUGAAGAUGAUGUGAUAUUAGUAAGUCCUAUGCAAGAAGGAGGGAGAGAACGGGAUUACCAGACCGUGUUUCUUAUGUCAGGCGAAGAAGGGGGAGACUUCCUGAAUCAACUGGCAUUUUUCAAGAUCAUGAAGAAAUAUGACAAGGCCUUGCGGAUCACAUCGCGGAAUGCAUCAAAGGCUUACUUACAGAUGGUGGAUGAAUCUUAUCUUGGCAGCUCUGAUGAGGUUGGCAAGCUUAUGGAAAGGGUGGAGGCCACCUAUGUUAAACAUUUUGCUAAUGGAAAUCACAGAAACGGAAUGAAAACUCUAAGACCAAAGUUAAAAAGGAAAAGAUAUAGAAUUACAUUUCUAUAUGGCUUCUUCUCUGGCUGCUCCAUUGCACUUAUAGUGGCCAUUAUUGUGAAUGUACAUGCAAGAGAUCUUCUUAGGAGUCAGGGACGUCAUUAGUACAUGGUCAUCAUAUUUCCGCUUUACAGCCUGUUUGGUUACAUUGUCCUGCACAUGCUCAUGUACCCCGGAAAUAUAUUCUUUUGGAAGCGUUAUCGGGUCAACUUCUCAUUUAUAUUUGGUUUCAAGCAAGGAACAGAGUUGGGCUACAGAGAAGUACUUCUUCUUAGCACCGGGCUUUCGCUGCUUGCAUUGGCUGGUGUCAUUUCACAUUUGGACAUGGAGAUCGACCCCAGAACAAAAGGCUUCACAGUUUUAACUGAACUAAUCCCCUUGGUCCUGCUCCUUGCGGUUCUUUCAAUAAUGUUCUGCCCUUUCAAUAUCAUAUACCGUUCAAGUCGAUUCUUUCUUAUCAAAUGUGCAUUUCACUUUCUUUGUGCACCUCUUUACAAGUUCUUCUUUAUUUUCCCCUUGUACGUCGCUCUCCUGGAUUUCUUCUUGGCAGAUCAACUUACUAGCCAGGUGCAAGCAUUUAGAAGUUUGGAAUUCUACAUUUGCUACUAUGGUUGGGGUAGAAAGAGAUUGAACAAGUGCGAGGAGAAUGAAGUCUAUAAGGUGUUUUACAUAGUAGUAGCCAUUAUUCCUUACUGGUUCCGUUUCCUGCAGUGCCUUAGACGUUUAUUUGAAGAAAAAUGUGCAGCACAUGGUCCUAAUGGUCUGAAAUACUUCUCAACAAUCGCUGCGGUUGCCAUAAGGACAAUUUAUCAGUUCCAAAAGCAGAAAACUACAGCCUGGCUGGUCUUGGCUGCAGCAACUUCUGGCAUUGCAACAAUAGCUACUACAUAUUGGGACAUUGUCAUAGACUGGGGUCUCGUUAGAAGAAAUUCAAGAAACCCUUGGUUGAGAGAUAAACUUAUUGUACCACACAAAGGUGUUUAUAUUGUAGCCAUGGUAUUGAACUGUCUAUUAAGACUUGCUUGGAUGCAGCAGGUGUUAGGUAUUCAAAGUGUACCUUUCCUGCAUAAUACAGCCUUAAUUGCAGUAGUUGCUAGCUUGGAGAUCAUUCGCUGUGGCAUUUGGAAUUUCUUCAGGUUGGAGAAUGAGCAUUUAAACAAUGUGGGCAAGUACCGGGCAUUUAAAUCAGCACCCUUUCCUUUUUACUAUGACUACAAUGGAGAGGAGUAUAUAAACUAUGACAACAAUGGAGACAAGAGUAUAUAA